GUCCAGUUUCCGACAGUGUGACUCGCAAAGCGUAACUGCUGUGAAUUAGCUGUUUUAGUUUCCUGUUUUAAGUUCUAAAAACUAAUCUUUAGAUAAUUUCAAACUAAUUAUCGACAUACAUAACUGUACCGAUAACCGAUAUAUUGCAAGUAUCAGUCGAAAUACGUGUUCUACCAGCUUCAGUUCAGUUCUGAAGUUGCAACUCGAGGCCCCUGCGGAGUGUUAGCUUGAGCGGCACUGAAAAGUUUGUUGUUGUCACGUGACGUGAUACGAAUGUGGCGAUAAAGUUUUUGUUUCGUUAUUAAAACGACCAUACUACAUUUCAACAUUAGCUAUCUAUUGAAGUAACUACUUUAACACAAUGCCUCAACCAAAAUACAGGAAGAUUGCUGUGAUUGGAUACAGAUCUGUAGGUGAGUCAAAUAACAAUCUAACUAACGCGUUAGCAAGCCUUUGUUUUUGUUUGCAUAGCUACGCGAUUGCUAGCUAGCCAAUGUUAGUUAGUUCAUACCAAAACAGCAUGCCAUAGCUGUGUAACUUCAUUGUGUACAUGUUAGUUUGUGUAGACGUUGUCGACAAAUACGAAACUGUGUCGUUGAUAUCCUUUAUUCUAUUCACCAUGCCAAAGUUGUGUGCUAACUUUGCCACAACUGCAGCCAAGUUCCACGAUGUGGUACUGUAACGCGUCUAGCUCAUACUCGGGCUAGUUAGUUACAGUUAGAUAGUUGCAUUGUGAAAUAUCUCCUGUCUCAAUUAACGUUAGCCAAUCACAAUGUAUAACUGUUGUUCAGAGUCGGAUAACAUUCGAGUUUCUUACUUAACAAAUGGCCAUUUUUUAUGAUUUUGGAAAUUGUUGCUCAUCGGCCACCACAACAAUUCAUUGUUCCUUUACUUCUACAGGAAAAUCUUCUCUCACAAUACAGUUCGUGGAAGGACAGUUCGUAGAUUCAUAUGACCCUACCAUUGAAAACAGUAAUUAUUUUUUUUUCAUUUUUUUGUUGGAUCAGUUUUGUUUUUCUAAGUUAUUGCACCCAUUGUAAGGUGUUAUUGACGAUCAAAUAAUAUGAAUGGGUGAAAAUACGUAUUUUCACCCAUUGCUGCUUCGGUUUCAGUUGCAAAACGUUUUGCAAUGUAAUCUGACUAAUGAAUUGGCCUACAUCCCAGGCAACAUACAAAUUGUAAUUGCUGAAUAUAGCAUGGUUGUAUCCAGAAUAUAUUAUCCUUUUAUGCCCAUGCUAUAUUCAGCAAUUACAAUUUUUCUCCUGUAUGUUGCCUGGGAUGUAGGCCAAUUCAUUAGUCAGAUUACAUUGCAAAACGUUUUGCAACUGAAACCGAUUAUUGUUUACUUUAGGAACCAAACGGGGAGGGACCUACCACAAUUUGUCCAAUAGAAACUUGUUUUCGUUGCAGAACGUUUUACGUUUAGAGUAAACUGUUUCUGUUACAAAACGUUUUGCAACGGAAUCUGACUAAUGAAUACACCCCUGGCUUGGGCUUGACCACUGGCUCUUCACCUCUUUCCAGCCUUCAACAAAAUGGUGUCUGUCAAUGGUCAAGACUUCAAUCUUCAGUUGGUCGAUACAGCGGGUCAGGUAUGUAUGCUUUACAUUACUCAUCUUCUUUCUUUACCUCUGUUUCUCAGCUCUCUGAAAUAAAAACACAAAAUACAUACAAACAUGUAACCCUGCUGUGUUCUGGUGAUCAGUGGCAGUUUGAGCCGAUGCAACGUAGAAUUGUUGGGAUAUGGACGAAAAACAAUGGCCGAUAUUCAUUUCAGAAGCUCUUGUCCGUCGUUCUUGUGUUUCAUCGCUAACCGAUUUCUCCCCUUAUCGCUACAGGACGAGUACUCUAUUUUCCCUCAGUCUCAUUCAAUGGACAUCCAUGGUUAUGUCUUGGUCUACGCAGUGACUUCCAUGAAAAGGUGAGUAGUCACAGGUACAUUUCAUUCUGGGUUCAUCCUUCAGAGAGUCAGUGUUUAAUAGUCACUUGUACAGGGUUGCAGGUGUGAUUGCAGGGUACAGUGAACAUCUUACGCUCCAAGCUCCAACAUGCAGGACUAAGUGAAAUAAAAUAAUGAAAAUGGUAAUUUAAAAAAUAGCAAUAGAAAUAGCACAAUAUACAUCAUAACUGUAGCAGCGAUGAAUAAAUAAAUGUCCAUUGGGAUGGAGGCAGAGUAAAGACUGUUGAGGGUGUGGGCGGGAAUGACCAUAGGGGGAGCAGCAUGACCAUUAAGGGGGUGUGGGGACCAAGUGAAAUAAAAUCAAUACAAAUUAUAAUAAAUAAUGGUGAAUGCUGUUGGGGUGGGGGCGGAGUAAAAGUCUGUGGGGGGGGGGGGGGGCUGUCCAUCGGGUGAGUAGCGGGGGGAGAACAUCCUUGCCCUCUGUUGACCUUGUGACUCUACUGUGUGUAUAGAUGGUUGUCUGUGCAUCAAUGCACACAUGGAUCCUGGUAACCUGUCUCUUUUUGUCUUUCACCUUUUGCAGUUUUGAAGUUGUUCAGGUUCUUCAUGACAAGCUUCUAGAUAUGGUUGGGAAAAUACAGUAAGUUAACCGAAAUUAUGAAAGGUUUGAUGCUACUUUUGAUGAUUUGUGUGUCUUAAAACAUUUGUUUUCCAAGUAAAAAAUAUCAAUGGAUGUUUUCUUUUAGGGUGCCAACUGUUCUUGUUGGGAACAAAAAAGAUCUCCACAUGGAAAGGUAAACUUACUUGAGCUGAAUGAAGGUGGAGAGCAAUGGUGUUCCCACUCUCACAUGCAUGGCUUGUACAGUAUGUGUAGAACCAUGACACUACCAUACCACUUUCAAAACUGAUAUAUGGUUUCACCUUGGUUAUCCAGCCAAGGCCUUGGACAUUGUGACCAUAGAGGUACAUUCAUGCCCCCCUGAACUUUAAAGAUAUACUUUAUGUGAUUUCAUUACAUCAUGCUCAGUGUGUCCCUUCUCCCCUCAGGGUGAUUAAGCCAGAGGAAGGGAAGAAGCUGGCCGACUCAUGGGGAGCAGCGUUCAUGGAGUCUUCUGCCAAGGAGAACGAGGUAGACAAAGAUAUAUUUUCUGGAGACAGAGCUACUCACCAAAAUUGUGUGUUUAUUUAUUUUUCUAUGUUCAACUCUGCAUUGCAGACCGCUGUAGAGUUAUUCAAGCGGAUCAUUCUGGAGAUGGAAAGGGCGGAUGGGAACGUUCCCUCAGAAGAUAAGAAGUGUGCUGUGAUGUAAGAGGGUCUAACCAGGACAGCAGUAAGCUCAUUGGCUGAAACCAGGAGACACAUCACCACCAGCCUGCCAAUCAUGACCUCCCCAGCACCAUGGAGCUGCAGUCGCAAUGUGGCCAUUUAUAAUUCAACAGUGUUUUACAAAGGCAGCCAAUCACACUCAAGGCUGACUAAGGAGAACUCUGACAGGUGUCACACAAGGGUUUCACUGUCAGUUUUACUGAAGUCUGUCAAGUUUGGUUGGCAUACACCAAACCACAUGAAAAACAAAACAUAUGAAAAUGCCAAAUGUAAUAUAAGAGCCACAAGCCCAAACUUCACAACAAAAAACGGCUCUCUGAUAAUUGCAAUCAACAAGCUAGCCAUGCAUCAACAGAUGGAGCGGUGACUGGCCAGUGUCCCCAACUCUCACGGGCUAGCUUCACCUUGUACAUAGUAAGCCUAAAAAACAUGCCUGACUCCUUUUCUCAGGUCAUCUGUAUACUUCAAUGAAUACACCGGCCAUGGCAGAGAGCCACAGUUCACAUUGCUGUUGUAGCGGCGUUGGAAAGUCGCUAUGACACAACUGAUAAAUGUCUUGGUUACAGUAUCUUGGAAUGAGUUUUCUUUCACACAAUAUGUGUGUUGCGGAAAUACAUUUCCUCUAGCAUUGGUCUUGGCUAACAUUGUUUCACUGUGAAACCUUCUGCAAGUCAACUUCAGGUUACACUUCAUCCUUGAACUGUAAAUCAUGUCUUUUAGAAAAAAUGCCGAUUGGUCCUCGCUCC